AUGGGCGGAGGGGCUGAGAGGGGCGGCUGCGCCCCGCGCCUGGAGCUGCUGCUGUUCCUGGGGCUGUGCGGCCGCGCGGCAGCGCUGAGAGGAAAUGAUAACAGCGAAGCCCUUCCAGAGUCCAUCCCAUCUGCUCCUGGAACGCUGCCUCACUUCAUGGAGGAACCAGAUGAUGCCUACAUUAUCAAAAGCAACCCCAUUGUCUUACGCUGCAAAGCCAUGCCAGCCAUGCAGAUUUUCUUCAAGUGCAAUGGUGAAUGGGUCCACCAAAACGAGCACGUGUCGGAGGAAAGCAUGGAUGAGACCACAGGCCUGAAAGUUCGAGAGGUGUUCAUCAAUGUGACGAGGCAGCAGGUGGAAGACUUUCAUGGGCCAGAAGAUUACUGGUGUCAGUGUGUGGCAUGGAGCCAUCUGGGGACCUCAAAGAGCAGGAAGGCAUCCGUUCGCAUUGCUUAUUUAAGGAAAAACUUUGAGCAAGACCCCCAGGGGAAGGAGGUUCCUAUUGAAGGGAUGAUCGUUCUGCACUGCCGGCCCCCCGAGGGCGUCCCUGCAGCUGAGGUGGAAUGGCUGAAGAAUGAGGAGCCCAUAGAUUCCAACCUGGAUGAGAACAUCGACACCAGAGCAGAUCACAACCUGAUCAUCCGGCAGGCGCGUCUGUCCGACUCCGGGAACUACACCUGCAUGGCUGCCAACAUUGUUGCCAAGAGGAGGAGCAUGUCUGCGACAGUUGUGGUUUAUGUUAAUGGAGGCUGGUCGUCGUGGACUGAGUGGUCCAACUGCAACGCGCGGUGCGGUCGGGGCUGGCAGAAGCGAUCGAGGACCUGCACCAACCCUGCCCCGCUCAACGGAGGGGCAUUCUGCGAAGGAAUGUCCGUGCAGAAGAUCACCUGCACUUCUCUUUGCCCUGUGGAUGGAAACUGGGAGGUGUGGAGUGAAUGGUCUGUGUGCAGCCCGGAGUGUGAGCAUUUGAGGGUUCGGGAAUGUAUUGCGCCAGCUCCACGAAAUGGAGGAAAGUACUGCGAGGGCCUGAGCCAGGAGUCAGAGAACUGCACUGAAGGGCUUUGCAUUCAAGAUAAAAAACCUCUUCAUGAAAUAAAAUCCCAAAAUAUAGAGACAGCCAGUGACAUUGCCCUGUACUCUGGCCUGGGAGCAGCAGUGAUUGCUGUAGCUGUGCUGGUGGUUGGUGUUACCCUUUACAGACGGAGUCAGAGUGAGUACGGCGUGGAUGUGAUUGAUUCAUCUGCACUGACAGGAGGCUUCCAGACAUUUAAUUUUAAGACAGUCAGACAAGGUAACUCCCUGCUUUUGAAUUCAUCCAUGCAGCCUGACUUGACAGUGAGCAGAACGUACAGUGGACCUAUCUGCCUGCAGGAUCCAAUGGACAAGGAGCUAAUGACAGAGUCUUCACUGUUUAACCCACUGUCAGACAUCAAAGUCAAAGUUCAGAGUUCGUUCAUGGUUUCCCUAGGGGUGACAGAGAGGGCUGAAUAUCAUGGAAAGGCACAUUCUGGAACUUUUCCUCAUGGGAAUGCUAGAGGUUUUGGAACAAUGCAGGCUAGAAACAAGGCUGCAUAUAUUCAGAACCUGUCUUCAAUUUCAACAAGAAAUGAGCUGAAGACAACUGCUAUCUUUGGACACCUGGGAGGUCGUUUAGUGGUUCCUAAUACAGGCGUCAGUCUGUUGGUGCCACAUGGUGCAAUUCCUGAAGAGAGCUCAUGGGAGAUCUAUCUUGCUAUCAACCCAAGAGAGUCCAGCCUACAGCCAGAAGGCCCAGAUGUCCUCCUGGGACCAGAAGUGACAUGUGGCCCUUCAGAUGUCUCUGUCAGCUCUCCGUUUGCCUUGACUAUCCCACACUGUGCAGAAGUAAAUCCAGAGCACUGGAAUAUCCACUUGAAGAAAAGGACUCAGCAGGGAAAAUGGGAGGAAGUGAUGUCUGUGGAAGAGGAAACUACUUCCUGCUACUGCCUGCUGGAUCCUUAUGCCUGUCACAUUCUCUUAAACAGCUUUGGAACUUACGCUCUUAUUGGAGAACCCAUCUCUGAGUGUGCCGUCCGACAGCUGAAAGUAGCGGUUUUUGGCUGCCUGUCUUGCAAUUCUCUGGAUUACAAUCUGAGAGUGUAUUGCAUGGAUAACACACCUUGUGCAUUUCAGGAAGUGGUUUUGGAUGAAAGGCUCCAAGGAGGACAAUUACUGGAUGAACCCAAACUUCUGCAUUUCAAAGGGAAUACCUUCAGUCUCCAGAUAUCUGUCCUCGAUAUCCCUCCUUUCCUUUGGAGAAUCAAACCUUUUACUGCCUGUCAGGAGGUCCCAUUCUCCCGUGUGUGGUGCAGUAACCAGAAGCCACUGCACUGUGCCUUCUCCCUGGAGCGUUACACUCCUGCAACCACACAGCUGUCCUGCAAGAUCUGCGUCCGGCAAGUCAAGGGGCACGAGCAAAUCCUACAGAUCCAGACAUCCAUCCUCGAGAAUGAAAGAGAAACCAUUGCUUUCUUUGCACAUGAUGACAGCAACUUCCCCGCACAGAUGGGUGCAAAAGCAUUUAAAAUCCCAUACUCCAUCAGACAAAGAAUCUGUGCAACAUUUGACACACCCAAUGCCAAAGGCAAAGACUGGCAGAUGCUAGCACAGAAAAACAGCAUCAGCAGGAAUCUCUCCUAUUUUGCCACACAAAGCAGCCCAUCUGCAGUGAUUCUGGACCUCUGGGAAGCCCGACACCAACACGAUGGAGACCUCGACUCCCUCGCCUGUGCGCUGGAGGAAAUAGGAAGGACACACUCUAAAAUCUCAGACAUAACAGAAACUGAGAUCGAGGAGCCUGACUUCAACUACAGCAGACAGAAUGGACUUUAA